AUGGACUGGCAGAAACCGAGAGGGAAGGCGACUUACCCCUCGCGCGUCUGCGUGCAGAGCCCAGGUGCUUACCCGCCUCUCUCCGCUCCUGCAGCCCCUGCUCACCUGGCCGACAGCAUCCAUAAGAAGAAGCACACGCGCCCAACCUUCACGGGGCACCAGAUCUUUGCUCUGGAGAAGACUUUUGAGCAGACCAAGUACCUGGCGGGUCCGGAGAGAGCACGGCUGGCCUAUUCCCUUGGCAUGACUGAGUCCCAGGUGAAGGUCUGGUUCCAGAACCGACGGACCAAAUGGAGGAAGAAGAGCGCCCUGGAGCCCUCCUCAUCCUCGCAGCGGGUGGGGGGCUCUGGUGGAGAGCGAGUGGCCUCUGAGACCGAGGACGACGAAUACAACAAGCCCCUGGACCCUGACUCAGAUGACGAGAAGAUCCGGCUGCUGCUGAGGAAGCACCGCGCUGCCUUCUCGGUGCUGGGCUUGGGCGUGCACAGCAGCUGAGCGCUGGCACAGCCCACCCCUCUGGGCCGUGGGGCGCCUGGCCCGG